ACACCACACCACGCCUCCUCAAGAAAGAAACCCAGCUAUAAAACCGCUCGCGAUCCCCAGGUCCACUGGCUCAGAUCACACACACCACCAAAGGCCAAAGCGGGACGGGAGCCACAGAGAUAGCUAGCAAGAAACCACAGAUGGCGGCGAUAGCGGCGGCCACCCAGGCGGCGACGGUGCUACUGCUCGCGGCGCUGGUGCUGGCGGCGGGACCGGGCGGCGCGCGGGCGCAGUCGGCGUCGCCGUCGAGCCAGUGCACGUCGGCGCUGGUGAGCCUGUCACCGUGCCUCAGCUACAUCUCCGGGAACGUGUCGGCGGCUCCGCCGUCGUGCUACGCGCAGCUGGGCAAGGUGGUGCAGUCGGACCCGCAGUGCCUGUGCGUGGCGCUCAGCGCGGACCCGGCGUCGCUGGGCCUCACCGUCAACCGCACCCGCGCGCUGGACCUCCCCGACGCAUGCAAGGUCACGACGCCCGACGUCAGCAGCUGCAAGGGCGGCGCCGCGGGAGCGCCUGUGACGACGCCCGCGGGGCAGACGGCGCCGGCCACGGGGUCCAAGACGACGCCCGCCACGUCGUCCGUGCCCGGUGCCGCCGCGUCGCCGCCGGGCUCGGCUGGCCGUCUCGUCGCCGGCUUCUUCGUCGCCGCGGCCGUCGUCGCUAGCUUCGCCGCGUGAUCCGGCGCUAGCUUCGGUACCCUUUUGUGCGCGUAGGAAUCGCAGCGGAUUUUGUGUUGUUUGUUUCAUCGGCGGCGGUGGUGCGUAGGAAUCGAUCAGCCUCUUGUCCAUUUGUGAUUCGUUCAGUGACCGUGAGGGAGAGCCGUCUCUUAUUCAUAUCGACUCGAUUCGUCACAGCAAUCGCGCAUCGCGCUGAAUAAAGACAUCGCCUGUCUCGGUUUUUUCUUUA